AUGGAAUUAGAUUUAGACUAUGAAAUCCCAUAUAAAGACGGGAUUGAAUUUUCUGCGCUCGCCCUGCAAGAUGAGGACUUUGCGAAAUUCCUCAAACGGAACGGACAACUUGACUUCAGUAACCAAAAUGCUGUAAUGCAACUCACCAAGUCUCUCCUAAAACGAGACUUUGGACUUCAUCUCUCCCUUCCUCAAGAUCGGCUGUGCCCUCCUGUUCCUAACAGAGUAAGCUAUAUCGUUUGGAUCCAAGGCCUCCUUGACUCCAGCAAUGACUCUUGCAGAGGUACCAAUAUCUCCAGCAGACAUAUAAUAGGACUUGAUGUUGGCACUGGUGCGAGCUGUAUCUAUCCCCUGCUAGGCUCUACAAUGCGAUCUAAUUGGCAAUUUAUUGCGACAGAAGUAGAUGAAAAGAGCCUUGAAUUUGCAAGAGCCAAUAUUGAGCUAAACAACCUGGAAAGUCGUAUCAGACUUGUGAAAACGGAUUUAAAAGACCCAUUGCUUCCUCUUGAUUAUCUGGCCUGUGCGAGGAUCGACUUUACCAUGUGCAAUCCUCCAUUCUUUGAGUCAACUGAGGACAUGUUGAGUUCUGCCAAGGCCAAGAAAAAACCUCCCUUUACCGCAUGCACUGGCUCGAAAAGUGAAAUGGUGACAGCUGGAGGUGAGGUGGCAUUUGUCAUGCGAAUGAUUGAUGAAAGUCUGAUGCUCAAGAGUCGUGUGCGGUGGUUCACAAGUAUGCUAGGCAAAAGAUCAAGUCUAGCUGUCAUUCAAUCAAAGCUUGGGGAGGUUGGAAUUGAAAACUUUGCCAUUACUGAAUUUAUCCAGGGCAGCAAAACAAAACGAUGGGCAAUAGCUUGGAGUUUUGAUGACUGGAGGCCAAGUUUCAGUGUAGCUAGAGGUCUACAGAAAGUUCAGAAAUCGUCUCUACCAUUUCCACCCGAAUUUUAUUUUUUGUCAACAAAUGAUAAAUUUACGGUAGGGGAGCGAGUCAACGAGAUUUUAUCAAAGCUAUGUCUUGAUUGGCAAUGGGAUACCCAGAUACUAGCUGGCAUUGGGUUCAGCGAUAAGGAUGUUUGGUCGAGAGCCGCUCGAAGACAAAAUAAAUCAUCCGUUAUAAUUAUCUCAAAUAGAGACGAGAAGGCUUUUGGUUUCAAGAUUCAAGUACAGGAGGCUUCAAAGGAAGAGCUUUGCGCUAGAAUGACUAUUCGCUGGCUUAAGGGCCAUGAUAAAAUUUUAUUCGAGAGCUUCUGUGGUAUGAUGAAAAGAGAAUGUUCAAAGUAA